AUGAAAUCACCCCCGGCCGGCGUUCGGCUUGUGAUGGAGGCCGUAUGUGUCCUGAAGGGCAUCAAGCCGGACAAAGUCAAUGAUCCCAGUGGUUCUGGUCGCAAGAUUGAAGAUUACUGGGGCCCCUCAAAGAAACUGCUCGGUGACAUGAAGUUUCUGGAACACCUGAAGAACUUCGACAAGGAUAACAUACCCGCCAACAUUAUAAAGGUCAUCAGCGAGAAGUACAUCCCCAAUCCGGAGUUCAAGCCCGAACGUAUCGCCGUGGCGUCCACGGCCGCUGAGGGUCUUUGCAAGUGGGUCAUUGCCAUCGAGUCCUACGACAAGGUCGCAAAAGUUGUCGCCCCCAAAAAGGUGGCCCUCGCAAAGGCCAUGGAAGACUACAACGUUGCCAUGGAAGCACUGAAUAAGAAGCGAGCUGCCCUGAAGGUGGUGCAAGACAGGCUGCAGAAGCUGACCGACGACUUGAAUGCUAACAAACAGAAAAAAAUUGACCUGGAGAACAAGGUAGACCUGUGCAAGAAGAAGCUCGAACGAGCUGAACAGCUGAUUGGUGGUCUGGGCGGUGAGAAACAGCGAUGGAUCAAUGCAGCCAAGAUGCUGGGUCAGCGGUACAUUAACCUGACGGGGGAUGUUCUCGUGUCCAGCGGUGUCGUCGCCUACCUCGGGGCCUUCACCUCUACCUUCCGGCAGGACCAGACGAAGGAAUGGCUCUCCAUGGUGCAGCAGACUGCUCGACGGUGGCCCCUCAUGAUUGAUCCACAGUCUCAGGCGAACAAGUGGGUCAAGAACAUGGAGAAGAAGAAUAACCUGGUUGUCUUGAAGCUGUCGAAUUCAGACUUUGUGAGAAGCCUGGAAAAUUGUAUUCAGUUUGGUCAGCCGGUGCUGCUGGAGAAUGUCGGGGAGGAAUUGGAUCCUGUCUUGGAGCCUCUGCUACUGAAACAGACCUUUAAGCAGGGCGGUGCUCUCUGCAUCAAAUUAGGUGACGCAGUAAUAGAGUAUUCAACCGAAUUCCGCUUUUACAUCACCACCAAGGGUCUUGUGGAUCAGCUGCUGGGUAUCGUCGUUGCGCGUGAGAGACCGGAACUGGAGGAGGAGAAGAAUAAGCUGAUUCUCCAAGGUGCCGCAAACAAAAAGAAGUUGAAAGAACUGGAAGACCAAAUCCUCGGUGUGUUGUCUUCCUCCGAGGGUAACAUUCUGGAGGAUGAGAGUGCUAUUCAGGUGCUAAACUCCUCAAAGGAAUUGUCCAACGAGAUCGCCGAGAAACAGGCUUACUUUGAGGAGACGGAGAAGAAGAUUGACGAGGCUCGAAUGGGCUACGUGCCGAUUGCUGAUUACACCUCUGUGCUCUUCUUCUCCAUCGCCGAUCUGGCCAACAUUGAUCCCAUGUAUCAGUACUCCCUCUCCUGGUUUAUCAACCUUUUCAACCUCGGUAUUGAAAACUCCGAGAAGUCAGAUAACUUGGAGACGCGUCUAGAGAUUCUGAGAAAUUACCUGACUUACUCCUUCUACUGUAAUGUCUGUCGAUCGUUGUUCGAAAAGGAUAAGCUACUGUUCUCCUUCCUGCUCUGCAUCAACCUCGGCAAACACGACGGCAAAAUUGACCUUGAGGAGUGGCGUUUCCUGUUGACUGGCGGCUGGCAAAAGAUCUAUGACGAUCCCCAGCCGCAGAACUGUCCUCUGCCGGCACCACUCAAUGAAAAGUACAAGGACUUUCUGGCCCGCAUGUGUAUCCUGCGUUGCCUGCGACCUGAUAGGAUAACACCCAUUGUACAGGACUAUGUGACUGACUCACUGGGGAAGAAGUACGUUGAACCGCCGCCGUUUGAUCUACCCGGAUCCUUUGCGGACUCCUCCAGUACCACGCCACUGUUGUUCGUUCUGUCCCCCGGUUCGGAUCCCAUGGCUGCGCUGCUCAAAUUUGCUGAUGAUAUUGGCUUUGGUGGACCGAAGUUUGAGUCUCUGUCGCUGGGACAGGGUCAGGGUCCCAUAGCCCUCCGGAUGAUUGAGAAGGCCCUCAAGGAGGGGACUUGGGUCCUGCUACAGAACUGCCACCUGGCGCCCAGUUGGAUGCCCAUCCUGGAGAAGACGGUGGACGAAAUCUCACCCGACUCCACGCAUCCGGAGUUUCGCCUGUGGCUCACCAGCUACCCCAGCUCCCAAUUUCCCGUGACUAUUCUGCAAAAUGGCGUGAAAAUGACCAAUGAACCGCCCAAGGGCCUUCGCUUCAAUCUCUGGCGUUCCUUCAUCAGUGAUCCGAUUUCGGAUCCGGAAUUUUUCACCACCUGCACCAAACAGCCCAUCUGGAAGAAGAUGCUGUUCGGUCUGGUCUUCUUCCACGCCACUGUGCAGGAACGCAGGAAAUUUGGUGCCCUCGGCUGGAACACGCAGUAUGAGUUUAAUGAGACAGAUCUGCGCAUCUCGGUGCUUCAACUGCACAUGUUCCUCAACCAGUACGAGGUAAGUAAAAUUUGGGAGUCACUUAAACCCGCUUUAAAGCCCAAUUUAACUGCUUUUCAGACAGCACCGUCUUAG